GCUAAUUUCCACUUGCUUUUUUCCCGUUUCUUUCUUUCUUCAUUGCACAACAUUCCCAUGAGUCCAGUUGGAAAAACUUUGGUUAUAUUAGCCUCAACUAUCGAGACUACACAGAUUGAAAGUGAUAUUAAGGCACGAUAUGAUUCUAAUUUCUUAAGAUUUAGAGGUGUUCCGAAGGGCUUAUUACCUGUUUCUGGAAGAGCUGCACUCAGCUGGUGGUAUGAUUAUGCCAAGGAGAUAUUUAAUGAUAUCUAUAUCGUAUCCAAUGCGUACAACUUUAAGCAUUUCGAACGUUGGGCUAGUGGUGUAAAUUUCCCAAGACUCAAUAUUCUUAAUAGUGGUCUCAGUACUGGUGUUUUGUCCGACAUUGCAUUUGUUCACCGUGUGAAGCAAAUUCAAGGCGAUCUUGCUAUCACUUCGGCCGACCUACUUUGUGAUCCCGACACUCUUUCUUCAGAAUUUAAAAACGCAUUUUACAAAUCCAGCAAUUUCAUCCUGCACACCCAAUCACAACUCCCUUUUGCAUUUGGUAUGAGUCAAGAAGUUUUAAACGGAUUGGAUGAUUAUAAUGAAAAACAUUUGGCACUUAAGCGUUUAAAUUGGCAGGAUGAAUUGGAUAAGUAUAUUCAAGCACAGGCAUCCACUUACCAGUCAAAUGAACAUGCUUCCCCUCUCUUUGACUAUGUAGAUCCUAAGGUUACAUUGACAUCUUAUAUCGAGCAUUGGGUUUCUUGUCUUGAUCACAAGUUAGAUCAACGCUCUAAAGUCUGUAAAUUUCAAACAGAGCCUCUCCAUAUUAAGGCUUAUGCUCGUGUCGGAUUAAUGGGCAACCCAAGCGAUGGAUUCUAUGGAAAAACCAUGUCCUUGCUUGUAUCAAACUUCUGGGCAGAAGUCACUUUAAUCCCUAACAACCCAACCUACAAGGAGCUGGAAGCCAUCACUAUAUUACCAAAUCCUGUCUCAGAUCCACACAAAUUCUCUUCCAUGGAAUGCUUAGUGGGUGUAUCCGAGAUUGAUGGGUAUGAAACUGGUGACCGCUUAUUACAAGCAUGCUGUAAAGUAUUUUUUCGUCAUUGUCAGGAUCAUCAAAUUGGUAUUGAUACCCGACAAGGAUUCAGAAUGAUGUUUGAAACAAAUAUUCCUCGUCAAGUUGGUUUAGCAGGUUCCUCAGCUAUUAUUACUGCUCUUUGGAAAAUGUUGAUCUUGUUUUAUGGUGUCACGGAACAACAAAUUCCAUUGGAGCUUCAAGCAAGUCUUGUUUUAAAGGUAGAGCAAGAGGAAUUAGGAAUUGCAGCAGGGCUUCAGGACAGAGUCAUCCAAGCAUUUGGUGGAUUGGUAUACAUGGAUUUCAAUAAGGAGUACAUGGAAAAAAACGGUCAUGGAAUUUACAAGCAGUUGGAUGUCUCAUUGCUACCUAAAUUAUGGUUGGCUUAUGUUGCUGAUCCGGACGAUUCGGGUAAGGUGCAUAGUAAAGUAAAACAACGAUUUUUAAAUGGUGAUCAAGAGAUUAUUCAAGCUAUGAACAAGUUUGCAUCAUUUACUGAACAAGCACGUACUAGUUUAGAAGCUGGGGACCACAAGAACUUUGCUCAUUUGAUGUCUUCCAAUUUUGACCUCCGACGAGAGACUUAUGGUGAUUCAGUAGUGGGUGCAUCCAACUUGAGAAUGAUUGAGUUAGCAAGACAACAUAACUGUGCUGCUAAAUUCCCAGGUAGUGGAGGUGCGGUGGUUGGUAUGUGGAAUGGUAACGCUUCAGAGCAAAAAGAUUUAUUGAAGCUUCGACGUGCCUUAGAAAGCGAAGGGUUCGUCUUUAUAGAGUUAAUCCCUAUGGUGUAUGAUAAUUAA